AUGGCGAAGAUGUGGAGGAUCUUUAGGGAGUCUGGACCACCCCCAGAAAUUCCUGAGCAUUUAUACACCAUGGAAAUCUUUCAUGGUGGGUAUUUUGACAAGCAAUUGGAUGGGACAAAGAAGUAUAAGGUGGCAAGGGAGAAGUUCAUCUCAUACCUUUUCAAGCUGUCUCGGACAUCAAGCAAUAAAGGGUUUAUUCCAAUCAAGAAUGAUGUAGAUGCUAUAGAAAUGGUGAAGGAGGCAGAGUUGGAUGAUCUGAAGCCCAAUGAUCCUGAUUGGGAAAAUCCACUCAAUAGGUGCACACCAUCAGAGAAAGAAAGAAUGUUUGAAGCAGCCAACUUGCUUGGUAGCCAGUUAAAUACAUCACCUUCUAGAGCUACUGUGGGGACCAGUGUUCCAGAGAUAAUUGAUCUUGAAGAUGAGGGUGGUUCAGAUGGUAAUGAGGGUGAAACAAUGGUGGGUGAUGGCUUAAAUGUGGGAAGAGAAGAAGGUGGAGUAAAUGUUGAGGUUAGGCCAAGUCAGAGCACAUUUGCAGGUCUUUUUGAUAUUGUGCCUGAUGUGUUGGGCUCACAAGCAAGUAUAGGGCAAAAAGGACACAGUAGGAAAAGUGGUCAAACUAAAGGGCAUAAGGCUGCUUUAAACAAGAAACUUGAGGAUAUAGAAAGAAGAGAAAGAGAGGCUGUUGAGAAGGCUGAAAAAGAAGCUUGGGAAAAGGUUGAAAGAGAGGUUGCCGAGUUAAGAGAAAGCCAAGCUACUGUUGAGGAACAAGAGGAGGCUCAGAGAUUGAGAGAAAGAGAGGCUGCUGAGCAAUUGGCUAGGGAGGAGGAAGAGAAGAGAGAACAAGAUGCUGUAGAGAAAAGGGUAAGGGAUGCUGUUGUUGUUAGGAAGAAAUUAGAAGAAGAGUUGAGGGAGAGAUUAGAACAGUCAAAGGCUCACAGCAAAGCAAGGAGGCUACUAUAUCUGAUAAAGGAAAAAGACUAG